CAUGCGCAUUUAAAGAGGAAGCUCAACAUUGGACAUUGCUUCAUCAACAGUUGCCCUGUUUAGUUUAGGUAGUGGCAUAGUACAGCACAAACUAAAUUUCGGAAGAAAUCACUCGUUACUGUAGCAAGGAUUUGAGAUACAGUAACGUAGGAUUGUUGUUGUACAUGCAGAAUCUACAAAGGCUCCGAAACAAGGUGCAGUGAUGAGCUUUUUUAGUUUUGGUCAAAGUGCACAAAUCGAUAUAGUUUUGAAUGACGCUGAGACAAGAAAGAAAGCCGAACAUAAGACCGAAGAUGGGAAAAAGGACCAAUAUUUUCUGUUUUAUGAUGGCGAUACAGUAUCUGGAAAAGUCAACUUAACACUGAAGAAUCCAGGGAAAAGACUCGAGCAUCAAGGCAUCAAAAUCGAGUUUAUUGGGAAAAUUGAGCUGUACUACGACAGGGGAAACAACUAUGAAUUUGUGUCUCUGGUUAAAGACUUGGCCCAACCGGGAGAGCUAACGCAGUCCCGGACCUUCGACUUUGAGUUCACAAAAGUGGAGAAACCAUACGAGGCCUACACGGGCCAGAAUGUCAAAUUACGCUACUUUCUGCGGGUAACUGUAAGCCGGCGACUGAACGACAUCAGUAAAGAAAUGGACAUUGUUGUGCACACGCUCAGUAUGUUCCCAGAACUCAACUCGUCUAUCAAGAUGGAAGUGGGAAUCGAAGACUGCCUGCACAUCGAGUUUGAGUACAACAAGUCUAAGUACCACCUAAAAGAUGUCAUCGUGGGGAAGAUUUACUUCCUGUUGGUACGGAUCAAGAUCAGACACAUGGAGAUUAAUAUCAUCAAGCGAGAGACUACUGGCACGGGCACAAACGUGUACCAUGAGAACGACACCAUAGCCAAGUACGAGAUUAUGGAUGGAGCACCAGUGAGAGGGGAGUCCAUCCCUAUUCGACUUUUUCUGGCUGGCUAUGAGAUCACUCCUACGAUGAGGGACAUCAACAAGAAGUACUCUGUGCGGUACUACCUCAAUCUGGUGCUCAUAGACGAGGAGGAGAGGCGUUACUUCAAACAGCAGGAGAUCACUCUGUGGAGGAGGGGGGACGUAGUGAGGAAGAGCAUGUCCCGCCAAGCGGCCAUCGCCUCACAGCGCUUUGAGUGCUCGUCCAGUGACGAGAAAGCCCUAGCUCAUGCCCAGGAUAAGGAACAGUAG